ACGCCAGCAGCAGCAGCAGUGGCAGCUGGACCGAGAGCGCCGACCGCGCAUGGAGCCGGAGUUGGGUGCCUGCUUCCCUUCGCGUCCGUGGAGCCCCCGCGGCGGCGCGAGGCUCCUGCUGCUGCUCUUGACGGUGCGCCUGGGCAGCUGCAUGGAUAAAGCAGAUGAUGAAGAUGACGAAGACCUAACUGUGAACAAAACAUGGGUGCUUGCUCCAAAGAUUCACGAAGGAGAUGUCACUCAUAUACUGAACUCUUUACUCCAAGGCUAUGAUAAUAAACUCCGACCAGAUAUUGGAGUGAGAACAACAGUAAUUGAAACUGAUGUCUAUGUUAACAGCAUUGGUCCGGUCGAUCCAAUUAAUAUGGAGUACACCAUAGAUAUCAUUUUUGCCCAGACUUGGUAUGACAGUCGCUUGAAAUUUAAUAGCACCAUGAAAGUACUUAUGCUAAAUAGCAAUAUGGUUGGAAAAAUUUGGAUUCCAGACACUUUCUUCCGGAACUCAAGAAAAUCAGAUGCCCAUUGGAUCACAACUCCAAAUCGCCUGCUUCGCAUUUGGAGUGAUGGACGUGUUUUAUAUACCCUAAGGUUGACGAUUAAUGCCGAAUGUUAUCUCCAGCUUCAUAACUUUCCCAUGGAUGAGCAUUCCUGCCCCCUGGAGUUUUCAAGCUAUGGAUAUCCGAGGAAUGAAAUUAUAUACAAAUGGAAAAAGUCCUCUGUGGAAGUGGCAGAUCCCAAAUACUGGAGAUUGUAUCAAUUUGCAUUUGUAGGCUUACGUAAUACAACAGAUAUCUCCCAUACACAGUCCGGGGAUUACGUUGUCAUGACGAUUUUCUUUGUUCUGAGUAGGCGUAUGGGGUACUUUACCAUUCAGACCUACAUUCCUUGCAUAUUGACAGUAGUCCUUUCCUGGGUCUCCUUCUGGAUUAAUAAAGAUGCAGUGCCCGCGAGGACAUCAUUAGGCAUCACCACUGUGUUGACCAUGACCACGCUGAGUACAAUUGCAAGGAAGUCUCUUCCCAAGGUUUCCUACAUAACAGCAAUGGACCUUUUUGUCUCUGUGUGUUUCAUUUUUGUGUUUGCUGCCCUGGUGGAGUAUGGCACCUUGCAUUAUUUCACCAACAACAAAAAGGGGGCCGAAGAGAAAGACAAGAAAUCCAAAAACAAGUCCUCAACUCCUGCACUUCCUGUCCGCCCUGGAUCAACAUUAAUUCCAAUCAACAAUCUCCGUCACCUUCAAGAACAUCGUGGCAAUUAUGGAUAUGAGUGCCUUGAAGGGAAAGACUGCACCAGCUUCUUUUGUUGCUUUGACGACUGCCGCACGGGAUCGUGGAGAGAAGGACGAAUACACAUCCGCGUGGCCAAAAUUGACUCCUAUUCCCGGAUCUUCUUUCCCACAGCCUUCGCUUUGUUCAACCUUGUCUACUGGAUUGGUUACCUUUACCUCUAAAUGCCAGAUAUUUGACAAUCUUGAAAAAGGGAUAACUGACACUCUGAAACACACCACAGUAAAUAAGAUUAAAAGGUUAAAGCCCA